UCGGCGCGGCGCGGCGGGUGCGGUUCAGUCGGGAGUUGGGCGACGGCGGAGGAGGAGGAUGUGGGCUACGCACGGGCUGGCGGUAGCGCUGGCCCUGAGCGUGCUGCCGGGGGGCCAAGCGCUGCGGCCCGGCGACUGCGAAGUUUGUAUUUCUUACCUGGGAAGAUUUUACCAGGACCUUAAAGACAGAGAUGUCACAUUCUCACCAGCUACUAUUGAAAAAGAACUUAUAAAGUUUUGCCGGGAAGCAAGAGGCAAAGAGAAUCGGUUGUGCUACUACAUUGGGGCCACAGAUGAUGCAGCCACCAAGAUUAUUAAUGAGGUGUCCAAGCCCCUGGCCGCCCACAUCCCUGUGGAGAAGGUCUGUGAGAAGCUGAAGAAAAAGGACAGCCAGAUCUGCGAGCUCAAGUAUGACAAGCAGAUUGAUCUGAGCACCGUGGACCUGAAGAAGCUCCGCGUCAAAGAACUGAAGAAGAUUCUGGACGACUGGGGAGAGAUAUGUAAAGGCUGUGCGGAAAAGUCUGACUACAUCCGGAAGAUAAACGAACUGAUGCCUAAAUAUGCCCCCAAGGCAGCCAGUGCUCGGACUGAUUUGUAGUCUGCCGCGUCUCUGCUGCACCUGAGGGGAAAACAGUUCAGCUGUCUCUUCCCCCCAGAAAAGCCUUUUUGUAAUUUAUUUUUUAAGCGGGCUCCUGACAAUGCAGAUGUGAAGCCUGGAGCGUUCUGAGGAGGCUGACUCCACAGUGCCCCCUGAGCCGGUCACUUCCUCUCGCUGUCACUCUAGGACUUCAAAGUGUGUCUGGGAUUUUUUUUAUUAAAGGGGAAAAAAGAUUCUAACUGUC